CGAAGCAGCGUUCGUCAGAGUGCCCGUGGUGCCUGAAAAGGCGGAAGAGAGUGGCAGAAAUCAAUUAAUUAGAAAGUCGCGUCGCGUUCAGAGGUAGGUAGUUAGCGCUUCAACCACUACCAUACUGCAAACGCCGUCCGUCGCAUGGGCAAUCUACCUCUACCUACUUACCUUACCUAACUUACGCCUUGAUUUCCCAUUCCAGUACUUUCCUCACUUUCAGUUUGGACCUGGGCCACCUGGAAACUUCCGUAAAAAGGACCCUCUGUGACCUCGUACCUACUACUUAACUGAACGGGCAUAAUCCUCUUCCCACGCUCAUUGUUAAGAAAGCUUCUUGUUUCCAUCCCUGUGGCCUUCGCUCUCACAUCCGUGGUGGCUCAUCCAGCACACCCAGCUGCGCAACGCGAAAAGCGACUCGGCGCCACAUCCCGAACAUCUAUUACACCCGGGCACCCCACUCACAUCAUCAUCUAGCUUUACUGAAUCUACGCACUCAAGAUGGCGCGCGACGAGAUUGUCGACGAUGUUGACGUCAACAUGGAGGAGGACGACGCCGAGGCCGAGCAGCGCCUGAUCAACGAAGAGUACAAAAUCUGGAAGAAGAACAGCCCCUUCCUCUACGACAUGAUGCUCAGCACGGCCUUGGAGUGGCCUACCCUCACGACACAAUGGUUUCCCGAUGUCAAGAACCCCAAAGACAAGAGCCACACCGUCCACAGACUGCUUCUCGGAACCCAUACUGCUGAGGGCAAGCCCAACUACCUCCAGAUCGCCGAAGUCGAGAUCCCUAAGAUGGUCGAGCUGAAUCCCCGCGACUACGACGAGGAACGUGGCGAGAUUGGUGGCUAUGGCAGCAAGGCCUCUUCCGGGGAGCCCUUGUGCAUUCGCUUCAAAAUCACCCAGAAGAUCGACCACCCCGGCGAGGUCAACAAGGCCCGUUACCAGCCCCAAAACCCCGAUAUUAUCGCCACCCUCGCUGUUGACGGCCGUGUCCUGAUCUUCGACCGUACAAAGCACAGCAUCACGCCUUCCGGCACUCCUAGCCCUCAACUUGAGCUGAUUGGCCACAAGGAAGAAGGCUUCGGCUUGAACUGGAAUCCGCACGAGGAAGGCUGCCUUGUGACUGGCAGCGAAGACAAGACCGUCCUCCUGUGGGACCUCAAGACCUAUGAAGGGACCAGCAAGCAGCUCAAGUACUCUCGCAAGUACACGCACCAUAGCCACAUCGUCAACGACGUUCAACACCACCCCUUGGUCAAGUCAUGGAUCGGCACCGUCUCGGACGAUCUCACUCUCCAGAUCAUCGACGUCCGCCGUCCAGAGACCGACAAGGCAGCCAUUGUCGCCCGUAACGGCCAUAGUGACGCCAUCAAUGCUUUGGCGUUCAACCCACGGGUGGAAACCAUCAUUGCGACUGCGUCCGCCGACAAGACGAUUGGUAUUUGGGACAUGAGGAACAUGAAGUCCAAGGUUCACACCUUGGAGGGCCACCAGGAUGCGGUCACCUCUCUUGAGUGGCACCCAACUGAGUCGGCCAUUCUGGGCAGUGGCAGCUACGACAGGAGAUUGCUGUUUUGGGACAUCAGCCGUGUCGGAGACGAGCAGACCCAAGAUGACGCUGAGGAUGGCCCCCCGGAGCUGCUCUUCAUGCACGGCGGCCACACCAACCACCUAGCCGAUUUCAGCUGGAACCGCAACGACCCCUGGCUUGUGUGCAGUGCUGCUGAAGAUAACCUGCUCCAGAUCUGGAAGGUGGCCAACAGCAUCGUUUCCAAGGAGCCCGCUGACAUGUCUACUCCCGAACUCGAUGACCCCAAACCGAAGCAAUCUAGUCACUAGGAUGAGGAAACUUCGGCCUUCCAAGUCCUGUUGCCCUCGAUCGAGACUCUAGAGAUACAACAGCAACAAGAGGAACAGCAACAGGCGCAUGAAAAGUCCGCGGAGCAAGCCGCUACCAUUGGAUCCAGGACGGAAAAGGGUAAAGGUAAAGAAGCACCCAAGGAGGGCUCGAGGUUACAAGACGGAACAAGCGGCAGAGACAAUGGGGAUGGGGACGAUGACUCGGAAGACACCAGUGCUUCUGAGCAAAAGGGACGUGGCAAGAGUAAGGGCAUGUCGGUGUACGAGUCCUACUUGCGGACGGUGGAGGAGGCAAGGAGAGCGGCGCAAAUGACAGGCGCAGAACGGCACCGGAAGACGCGCUCACGCACAACAUUUGGCGCAGAAUCACAGCAGAAGCAACAGCAGCAAUGAAGCUGUUGAACGACGGCGAUGGCAGGAAAAUGGACGGUUCUCUAGGCGUAGCGGGUGACAACAGUGCAAUUUGAGCUGGAUAUGAAGGAUAGGUAGGCUUACCACAGCGAAAUAAUGAUGGUAGACAACACCAGGCUUAGUUCAAGAUACAUGGCAGAGGGAGCUGCGGGAAUCUCGACCAAACCAAGCCACAAGUUGUAUGAGAAGAGAUAGGCCAAGUCAACUUGAGAAGGCAUGUAAUUUUCUGAAUCCAUCGUUUUACAGACCUGUUAACUGCAGCGUGACAGCAUUUCGCCGUCCUAAUGUUAGAUUAAGGCUACAUCUACUCUAGGCCGUGAAUCCAUGGAGUUGUUUUCCCG